AUGCGACCGGCCGAUAUCCAGCUUCUUUUCGAACGAGGUGGCCCUGCCUCAGGCUUUCCCGCCCACAAUGGCUCCGCCAUGUCUCCGAACGGCCCCGGCGAGCUGACAGCGGCCGAGAAAGCACAGCGGGUGGCCAGCCUGCAGCAGGUCUUGCUCGCGGUACAGCACUACUGGGUCACCGGGUCUCCGAGCAUGGACCUGGCUGCCGAGAUCCUGGGCGACGGUAGCCGAGAUGCUUCAUGGCGGAUACCAAUAGGCGAGUCGGGCUUGCUCGAUUUCUUUCUCGGCAUCCUGUCCGUCGACGGUCUGCGACAAUCUCUCAAAAUUCAUACCCUGCGCUUAAUCGGCAACUCCUGCGCGGAUGAGGAUGAUAACCGCGCCCGUGUCGUGGCCGGCAACCAGAUCGGGCGCAUUGUGUCUCUCCUCGGCGAUAACUCGACCUUGGCCUUCGUCAUUCCGGUGCUUUACAACAUCUGCGUAGACUAUGAACCGGCGCAGCUUCAGGCGAUUCAGGCACAUCUGAGCCGCGGCCUAAUCUCCAUCGUGUCAGGUCCACGCUUGGCCCAGUGCCGAGCGUUUUUGAAUAUUGUUUGCAAACUCCUCGGUCUGCUAGUUGCGAAUGAAUCGGAGGUGGCCGUGGCAGACCCUGCGACACCAGCAUACCUCUUGCAACUAGCCGUCAGCCCCGAGAACGCCCUCGACAUUGAGGAAUUCAGUGUUCUCGUGUCUGUCGCGCUCGCAUAUCUCACCCAUGAACCCUUUCAGGAAGAGAUUAUCCGCCAAAACGGCGUCCAGGCGCUUUUGACGGCCUACUCCGACUCCUACACCAAGUACGAUGUCACUCAGAUGGACCCUGAAGACGCCGCCGACUACAAGGCCCUCGGUAACCGGUUCAUGCACAUUAUUGCCGAUGUCGUGGCUCUCCCGUCAUUCGAGACACAUUACACUUUGAGCUCGGUGCCCGUACACAUACUGCAGUCGUGGGUCUCCAACACCUAUACGAAUGUUCAUUUGAAGACGGCCGGUUGCAUUGCCCUUGGCAAUUUGGCUCGGUCCGACCAGGCCAGCACCUACUUUGUUCAAGACGUAAAGAUUCAUCUGCCCCUCAUCCAGCUUCUCUCACAGCCCAACGCAAGUCUUCUCGACCUGUCGUCCGACGCAGCCGUCGGGGGCAUUUCUCCCAGCUCCCAGCUCGUCUUCUCUGCGCUCUCCUACCUCAAAAACCUCGCCAUUCCCAUCGUCAACAAGCCUGUCCUGGGCACUCUGCUCGACCCCCCUGCCAACAUCCUUCCUCGACUGUGGACAAGCACGAACAACCAGCCACAGGUCCAAUUUGCUGCCGUGUCCCUAACACGCCUGCUUAUCAUGUCAUGCCCUGCCAAUGUGCGGCGCAUCUGUGCACCGCUGUCCCCCGAUCCGGCUUCACCUGCCCAUGACCGGAGCAAUCUGCACGUGCUCAUCUCCCUCUUCAAGCGGUCCGAGGAAGAGAACACGAAAACGGAAGCAGCCCGCGCAAUUUCCGCUGUAUGUCGGGUGCUGCACACGUCUUCCGACUCCGACGACGUUUUGCCCGACGACUGGGAGCCCAGCGAUGAGACGUCGCCGCAUUCGGGCUCUAUACAGACCAACGACAGCGGAAUUUCGUCCUCUGAGCCGUCUCCAAACCCGCCAAGCGUCCCGGCUCCCACAUCGGCCGACGGGGACGACACUGCCGUGUUGGAUCCGUCCUCUCUACCGAACAGCUCUGCACGCAUAAGACGAGCCCGGUUUUAUUCCGCCCACAUAGACAUGGCCGACUGCCUCACGUAUCUUAUUACGCAGACGCGAUUCCCUGUCCUGCGGUCCGAUACCUGGUUCGUGUCCGCCGUUCUCAGUCGGUCUACGGAUGGCGCCCAUUUGGUCAUGCGCGCCCUGCAGCCAUUCGAAGCAUGCCGAGCACUAGUAGAGGCCGUGUCGGGGCGUGACUUGGUCGAAGGCCACCGCUUGCCUGGUGGCGCAUCACUGCUGUCCGAUGACGAGCUUUUGACAAUGACGGAUUCCACCGGCGCGCCAGUCUCUCUGCCAUCCGCAUCGGAGCAGGACAAAUUAAGCGACAGUGCAGGCGCGAUCGCCGCAGAAACCCCGUCAUCAUCGGCUGCCAACAUCGACGGCCUUGGUUUGGAGCCCCAGCAAGCCGAUCCCGCCCAGGUUGCGAGCAUGGCCCGCACCGACCGCGAGAACGGCCUGGUCCUCAUCGCCGAGAUAAUGAAGAGCUACGCCCAUUUCCUCCCGCCGUUUCGACGCGGUGUGUUAGAGCAGCUGCUCCAAACCGGCGGCGCACUGGUCGUGAGUGCCCGGUCGGAGCAGAGCGAGGAUUUGGCCACGUAA